CGCUUGCUUUAGACGGAUCGGAUUGCAUUGGGAAUCAUUCUUCCGGAAAAGAUAUUUACGUCCUAUACCCAGUUGAUUAUUUUGAAUCAAUAUCUUGGAUUUUUAUAAUUAUAACUGAAUAGAACCUGGCAAUCCGAAUCAUAAGGAUUACUUUCUUAAGUUUUUCUUGCAAAGGAAAUUGUCCUAAUACACGCACUGGUAUCUAUACCCAAGGAUUCCCUUUGGAAAAUUUAAAAAUGUCUGCUAAAAGUUACAUUGGUCGAAAAGAAUUCAACUUGAAGUUAAUUGAUGAGGUGCAAAAAUAUAAAUACUUUUACGAUCAUGCACAUCCUGAUUAUCGCAAUUGCGUGUUAAAGGCGAGAACUUGGAAAAAUAUUGCACAUUGUUUGGGAGCGAGUGACCAUCUAUGUAAGCAACGUUGGAGGGAUUUGCGCAAACAAUAUUUAAGGGAGUUAUCCAAGCCGGAGACACCUGGAACCAUUCGCUCUACACAUUGGAGGUACACAGAUGCAAUGAACUUCCUGAAAGUGCAUGAAAUGCCGGAAACUAAUACAAAAUCAAAGAGCGACAAUUUUUGUCGGGCAUGUCUUUGUCCAUUUCCCAACACAACUGAUGAAGAAUGUAAGAAAUACAAUAUUUUCGAAAUGCCCGACUUUGCCGAAAAAAUGUCCAAAUGCUCAAAUACUCCGGUUGUUCAAUACGAUGAAUAUCCCCAGUUUGUAUGCGAAAAAUGUUGUAAAACCAUUUUAUUUAUUUCUCAAUUCCAAACAAAAUGUCGCAAUUCUUUGGAAAAAUACAAUGCAAUGCUUCACGAUCCCAACCAAGUGUCCUAUGACCUUGCGAAUACACUGGCACAUGAUUCGGUUGUUAAGUUGAAUGAUGAUAGCAACUUUGUGGAAGACAUCGAUGUUUCCAACGAAAUUAAAGCCAUAGAAAUUUAUCAAAAAGCAACCAAAGGCAAUCGGAGUGAACGGGGUGCAAUAUCAGCUAACAGACAACUCCAUCCAUUGACAAUUGAUGAAGAUAUUACAGCUGACUGUGCUGAGGAGGAUAUGUGUGGGUCCACAACCAAUCGACGAAAAUUAUUAAGUGUAUCGGAAGAUAUUGAAUAUGUAGAAAUAAGUGAAGACAGCGUACCGUGUGAAAAUAGAAAUAAUCUAGAGGAAAAUUUUAAUGGAAAAAAUAACGAAAUACAUAUAACCACCAUAGAAGUAUUGCCAAGGAAUACAGCUGGUUUCAUACGAAAUGAGGAGAAAACUUCAAAUAUGGAAUGUCAUGAAUUUAUAGUAGACAACAAUUCAAACUCCUCGGAGUAUGAAGAAUUCAUUAUGGAAGAACUUUUAGAAUUGGAUGAAUUUGAAAACAAUUCCAAAAAAGAUGAUGAAAUUAAAUAAAUAUAUAAUGUAUUAAU